AUGAAAGAUGAAAGUUUUAGUCGAAAGAUAGUGUCGACUUAAAAUUGCGUUAAUAAUUAAGAUCAGGAUGAAAAAAUCAAACCAGUAAUUCUUCAAAAUUUGAGCAAUUUUGCUCAUUUAGGAUGUUUUUCCAAAGAUAAAUAGAAUAAAACUUUAUAAUUGGUUUAAAAGAAAAAGAAAGCUGUUAAUGGAAGAACUUAGAGAUAAAAAUAAAGAAUAUCAAUAUAAAUGUUCAAAAUACAAUUAUAACAUUAGAGAUUGUGUUCAUUAUUGAGUUUAUUAACAAUUUUGAUGUUGAAGCAUUCUAAAUAGCUUCAAUCUUAAAUUGUGAAAUUUAUUUUUGAUAAAAGUUUUGAUUAGAUUUCCCAAAAAAUAUUUAUAAAUAUGAUGUGA